UUGUCUCGAUACGUCACUAUUUUACUCUUUGCUUUGCUUUUUAUCCAUUUAUUAUUGGAAUAAUAAAUAUUUUUCUUUUUAUUUAUUUCAAUUUAAUUUUGUCAGUGAUAAUUUAUGAUUGUGUGUUCAGCAUUCUAGACGAAUAUUAAAAAAAAUGAAUCUUUCAGAUCCUUCUGGAGAUGAUGAUUCUAGCAGAGAUGAAUCCAGUAUGAUUCGGAAGUAUUCUGUCGAUGAGACUCCAGUACCAAAGAAACGCAUGCGAGCUGAUACAUAUGGUACUUCAUCUACAACUUCACAUGGAUCAGUUUUGCAAGAAUCUGAUGACGAACCAUUGGAGAUUUCCAAUCCAAAAUAUUCAAGACGUGAGCAAUCCCUUAAGCGGUUUAAUUCAUCUGAAGCCAGUCUGGAUGACAAUAUCAGAGGUAGUCGCAGUAGUCUCAGUGAAACUGGAUCUUCACCUAAUGACCAGUAUGAUGAUUAUCGACCUACUUUCGAAAAUACUGAUAAUGAAAAUGAAGAAUCAUCGGUAUGUUUUCAAGAGACAAAUGAAAAUUUGUUUUACAAGAAUCAGUUCAAUGAUGUUGAUGAUUCAUAUGGAAAAAAUUAUUCAGAAAAAUCAAAACGAAUUAUGAGCAGCAUGGGUUUUAAGCCGGGAAGAGGUUUAGGUAAACGUGAAGAUGGUCGUGUAGAACCUGUAGAAGCUUCAACUCAAAAGGGUAGAAGAGGUUUAGGAUUAAAGCCGUCCAUAGUUGGUAAUGUGCCACAAAACUUCACAUGGUCUCCUGAUGAUGCAAAACCAGAAGCGCAAGAAAAAGUUAUGUGGAUACCAUCUGCUCAAAAUGAUAUAUUGUCUAGUGAUCAGUUACAGAAAUGGUUAAAAAGAGGACCCAAAAAAUUGACAAUUGAUGAUGAAAUAGAAUUUGUACAACCCAGAAUACUGAAAGGUGUUUUAGAUGCCAAGACUAUUUUCGACAGUUUAGAUGAUGAAGAUUUACGUCAUGCAAGAUUUCGUAGCAAUCCAUAUGAAACAAUCGGUUCAGUGAUGUUUUUAAAUCGCGCGGCCGUUAAAAUGGCGAAUAUGGAUGCUGUAUUUGAUUUUAUGUUUACGGAUCCUGAAAAAGCAGACCAGAAACCAGGGCCAGGCAAACCAGAGCAAGCAGCAGUUAAAGAAAUUUUAUACUUUGCUGAUGUAUGUGCAGGCCCUGGUGGAUUCUCUGAGUACGUUUUAUAUCGAAAAGGGUGGACAGCUAAAGGUUUUGGAUUUACAUUGAAGGGUGGGAAUGAUUUCAAACUUUCUGAUUUUUAUGCUGGUACGCCUGAAACGUUUCACCCUUUUUACGGAUCUAAAGGCGAUGGCAAUAUAUUUGAUCCCGAAAAUCUUGCAUCAUUAAAAGACCAUGUGAUGACACAAACUGAUGAGAAAGGCGUGCAUUUCCUCAUGGCAGAUGGAGGAUUCUCAGUGGAGGGCCAAGAGAAUAUCCAAGAAAUAUUAUCAAAACAAUUAUAUCUGUGUCAGUGCCUUGCUGCGUUGAUGCUUGUGAGACCGGGUGGUCACUUUGUCGUAAAGCUGUUUGAUGUUUUUACCUUAUUCAGCGUUGGCUUGGUUUAUAUCAUGUAUAGAUGCUUUGACAAAGUAAGUAUUCAUAAACCAGUAACUUCAAGACCAGCAAAUUCUGAAAGGUAUCUAAUAUGCAAGUCAAAGAAAUUGGGAACUGAUUCUGCUGAACAUUAUCUUUAUAAUGUCAAUAAGAUCUUGCAAGAUGGUGAAAGUGAUGUGACCGAAAUAGUACCACUGAGCGUUAUACAAGCAGAUACAGGCUUCUUUGAGUACAUUUAUGAAAGCAAUUGUUCAUUAGGUGAAAAACAAAUAAGAAACUUAAUGAAAAUUGCAGCAUUUAGUAAAGACAGAAGUUUGAAAGAGCCAAGUCAAGCUGAAAUGAGAGCUCAGUGUCUCCAUUUAUGGAAUUUACCGGAUAAGGUGAGGACAAAGCCAGAACGUCAUGGUCCUGGUGACACGUUGUCAUCAAUUUUGACAAUUACAACCAAUUACAUGGAAAAGAAGAGAUCUAUUCCUCAUGCACAUGAUCCGGAAGCCUUCAAAACCAAUAUUUUAAAUAAAUCGCCAGAAUAUCUGGAUAAUCUAGCUAAUUUAAAUAUAUUCAAAUAUGUUUAUGACUGGCAUUUUGUUUUUUUGAGUAGCGGGAAAAAAUGUUCUACUCUAAGUAUAUUUAUUGGCUGUGGAGGCAAACAAGUAUUUAAGCUCGAAGAUAAUGGUUGGAAAUAUGCUGCGGAUUUACAUCUCACUUUACCAGCAAAAACGCUUAUUUAUGGAGAGAUAGUGAAAGAAUACAGAGGUGAAGGUAAUACGCAAAUUCACACUAAAGCUCUACAUAUUAUAGAUGCUAUGAUAUUGGGCGGAAGAGAUAUAUCACAUUUACAUCUGACUGAACGAUUAAAUCAAUGUGAAUUAUUUUGUAUGGCACUGAAUAAUCCAUCUGAUUCACAAUCCUUACCAAUUAGAUGUAAACAAUUGUUUCAUAUGGAACAAUUUUCAUCAGAUGUAAAUAAUAUACAAUAUCGUACAAUGAAGAGAGUGAAGCAAGCCGUCACUAUAAACUUACCGAGUGGACAGAAUACAAAUGAUAAAUUUUAUGAAGUUAAAGCAAUUUUAUUUAUAAAAGAAAUUAAAGAACCGUGGAUGGCGCAAAUGUCAAAAAAGAGUGGCUAUAAAUAUUAUUUCGGCCCUGGAAAAAAUAAUAAACCACGGAGUGAAUAUUAUAUUCCAACAGAAGCGAAGUUAGAUAUGAUUAGCGCAUAUUCAAAUAGAGUAAUGUGGCCGUGGGAGCCCUCUGCCAGUGCAGUAUUGGAUGGCACUCUUCGAAAUGGUGUGUCGAAAAUGAACAUGAUAGAUUAUAUUGACCAUAAUAUAAAUAGGAUAGUAUAGUAAUGUUUGUAAGUGUUAUAAUAAUGUUACUGUAAAUAGCCCUUAAUCUAUAUGUUGGUCCGAGAGAUCUGCAAACAAAAAAUAGAUAUUAAAAGAUGAAAUUACUAUUGUUGUUGUUUUAUGUUCGUCAUACAAUUUUAGUAGGUAGGUAUUUAUAAUUUCUCAUGCCUACAGUAAGUACUUUAUAAUUUACAAAUAUUUUUUUUUUAAUUUUUUUUUUAGUGUACAAAUUAAUGGUCUGAGACCCCAAAUUACAAAUUCCUAUAUUCACUCGCGGUUGACUUUGCAUUGUAUGCACUAUGUUCUUUGACGCAACCUACAGGAUACGAAAACCCCUGCUCCGGAGGUAGGGGUCCUGGGGGUUCUUCCCGUGACGCUCCCUCGAUUCUAAAACAGUUAUGUAAAUAUGUAAAUAUAAAUUAGUUCUAUUGUAGGGAAUUACGCCUAUAACUGAUUUUAACUUUUCUUUUGUUAUGUAUAUUUUUACUGCUGUCACCAUUUAAAUACUUUUUGAUUGCGUAUUUUCUUAUAGAAAAAUGGUACUGGGCAAUUACAAUAACAUUUAUUAUACAAAAGUAUAUUGUUUUUGUUAUAUGAAAUAGGAGAUACAAUAAAAUUAUUUUAUAUAUA